AAAUAUUAGCGUAGAUGCCAUUCUUCUAAUGAUGUAACAAGUACAUAGGGUGUUAUGGGAAGUGUUCCCGGUUCCGGUUUACCUAAUUAAUGCAGCCUAAAAAUCCUUUAACUGAUUUGGAUAUUAAAAGCAUAUUAGUAUGUUACGUGUAAGCCAGGUUAAAGAGAUGGGUCUUUAAUCUAGAUUUAAACUGCAAGGAUUAUAAUGUAAAAGGAGCUCAUUCAAAUACUGAGGUGCAAAACCAUUCAGGGCUUUAUAAGUAAUAAGCAAUAUUUUAAAAUCUAUACAAUGUUUGAUAGGGAGCCAGUGCAGCGAUGACAGGACCGGGCUAAUAUGGUCAUACUUCCAGGUUCUAGUAAGAACUCUUGCUGCUGCUUUUUGGACUAACUGUAGUUUGUUUACUAAGCGUGCAGAACAACCACCCAAUAAACAUUACAAUAAUUUAACCUUGAGGUCAUAAAUGCAUGGAUUAACAUUUCUGCAUUUGACAUUGAGAGCAUAGGCCGUAAUUUAGAUAUAUUUUUGAGAUGGAAAAAUGCAGUUUUACAAAUGCUAGAAACGUGGAUUUCUAAGGAAAGAUUGCUAUCAAAUAUCACACCUAGGUUCCUAACUGAUGACGAAGAAUUGACAGAGCAACCAUCAAGUCUUAGACAGUGUACACAAGCUGUAAUACUGUGGCUUGAAAUGUCUAUAGACUUCAGUGCAUUGAGGAAUGUUCACAUGAAUCAUGUGAAAAUACCUUACAUAAGUUGAUCUUUUUGGUAUUGAAAGAUUUUCAAGACUGUACACCGUAUAGAGUAAUCAUUUACAUGAAAAUAAGUAAUAUCACAAACUUUCAGCUUUCCAUGCUGUAAACAUUUUGGUUGGUUGUCUAGUAAUGACUGAUGGCUUCUAUACAGUGGAUUGUGAUUGGUUGCUGCUACAGGGAAGGAAUGUUAGGAGGCUGAUAAUACAGUAAUUAUGGUGAGGGAUUGAUCGGGAAUUGUCAGUUUGGCAGAUGGGUUGUUGAAUAUAAGACCCUAAAAAUAUAUAAUACAUUAUUUAUGAGUAGGUGAUGAUUCAGCACAAAGCACUGCUUCCAGCUUGAAUGAUUUGCUUUCAAAAAAUGAGAAAUUAUGUAAAAUUGACUCCUCCUUUAGAUCGAACUGUCUAUGUCUAUAUGUUGUGUAACUUAAUACUUUUCUUAGAAAUCAGACAAUAAUUUGCAAAUACUUUUGUUCAGAUAGAGCUCACAGUGGUUUGAUUGAACUGGUAUGCUUAGGCUGUGACAUUUUGUGGCAUGAUUUCAUUGCAUCCUUUUAAAGACAACAGCUUAUGCAAAGUCUGUUGUUUUUUUUUUAACUGUCCCUUCCCUACAAAAAUCAGAAGUCUCCACAUUCCUUAAAUCUUGCUUAACAAGCUAGGCCCUCAUUCCUGACUCACAAUGACUGAGCUUUAAAACACAUUUAGAAAGCCUAACUGUUCCUCUCAGACUUAUAAAUGCUCUGAAGCCAUGGAAUUGAGGACGAGGGGCAAAUAAUGAGAGUAAAGGUGGCUAUUCUCCUACCCCUCUCAAUAGUUUCUCCCUCAUUAUAAGACAAAUCAUUUGCCACAGACUACAAUGCUGGCCUAGGUCUCUAACUUUUAUAUUAGCUUAUUCUUACAUAUUCUAUUAAGCACAAUAAAUUAUGGAUCCCCACAAUUCCUGUUUUUUGCGGAACUGACUGUUAGCACUUUCCCCUCUCUCUCUACUGCCGGUUCAAGCAUUAAUGGAUGCGGCAAGGCUUGCACCAGGUCCUGUUAAUGGUCCAGCACUCCUAAUUUAAGGCUAAAAAUACUCCGAGAUAUAAAGAGAAAGAAAUUGGUGGGGGAAGGCAGGGUGGAGAGCAGUGGACAGCAGGACUCUGGUUCAGGGCAGUUGUUGCAAAGAACUAACAGCUGAGCCCAAUAGAAGACUUGAGUCCACUGGGAAGGAAGGAAGUGCACUGAUUGGGAUGAUUGCCAAAAAUUCUUGUGUCUACAUUCUUUAUGAAAUGCAGGAUGUUGAAAAGGUUUAUUCUAUUUAAUACAGGGGAAGUUUUUUAUCUUCUUUUUUUUAUCUGUGCCCUAGAUUGGAGGAUGCAGUCCUUAUAGACAAUCCAAAUCUGUCCCUGUAUCUUUGAAUAAAGUGUAUAGUCUUUAAGCAUUCAUUACAUCAUCUUUUGAAGGGCUUAACAAUAAGGAUGACUCACUGGGCAGUGCUCAAAUUCUUGAACAUGUGUUUUUAUGUCUUGUUACAAAUUGAGUAUUGUUGCAAGUUUUGCUGAUUUAAAUGAAGCGUAAGAUAACAUUCUAUAGCUGGCUAACAGAUAACGAUUUGUUGCAAAUGACAAAACUAUCUUGGGUUCACAUGUUAAUUCUUUUCUUUUGUGCUAUAUGGUAUUGUUUUUCAGCAAGUGAUUUUAUAAAUUUAGCAGAUACGCUUAGCUUAUGAGAUGAGACUACAUCAUAAUGGGUUCAUGAGAACCAGAUGAGAUGAUAUUUUAAGACUGUAUUCUAUUAAUUGUCCUUUCAAACCACCUGUUACCUGGUAACACGUGUUCUCAUUUAAAAUCUUAAUAUUUAAUAUCUUUUGCUGGCUUUUAAGGGACACACAUACAUUCUGAAUGUUGCCACGUCCAUCUUUACGCAAUCAAAUAAACUGGACAUGGUGUCGUAAACGUUGGCAGAUUAAAAACAGCAAAUGCUGCGAAAGAGGUUCAUACAGUCAGCCAGUGAUGGAAAAGCUCAUUGUUUGUUUGUGCACUAAGAUGGAAGCCAGAUCAGUAAGCAUCAUUCAGAAUCCAUUACUGCUACCAUUUCCUCCCUAUUAAGGCCUAUUUUCUCUGGAUUAUAUGGCAUUUGCAUGCAAUUUUAGAGUAACAUGGCUUAUUCUGCAGUGGUUUGAAGAAUAGUUCUUGGCAGGUUGUACCUGCGUUUGCUGGGGAAGUGCUUAGGUGAGCAGUCAUUGGUCAUAUCCUAGUCUACAUUUACUAUUAACAUGAUGUAAGCAUGGUGCAGUUAAAGUUCCUUAGUUACAAAGCCUGUCAAAAAGGACUCUUGGGAUGGGGGAAAUCUGUUGGCAGUUUAGGAUUAAAACAGAAAACCCCUCCCCCUGCCAGUUUUAAUCCCAUCAAUGCCUUGUAUUGAUGUAGGUCUCUCAGGGAAGAACCAGACUGCAAUGCCUCAUGUGGUAUAAAGCAACAGAUGUAAAGGACAUUGCUGCUUGUUAUUUUGAGACCAUAAUAGUGUUUAAGAUUUGGAUUUACGUCAGAGAUCAGUUUAGAAUAAAGUUUUCAGUCAAGCUCGGCUGCCACAUGGAGAAACUAUUAUUUAAAAACCUAUAGAACCGCUUCUGACUUACCCCACCAGGUUCAGACUUAAGAACUUAUGGCCUGUUUCCACUGAACAGUACAGUUCGUUACAGUACAGUACGGUACGCAAUUAUUUCUGUUUCCUCUGUCAGAAGUUGUGAAUGGAACCAAAAUAGCGAACCGUACCGUACCACUUUUUUGGUGCACUUCCAUUAAGGGAACCUAGCACAGCAAAGGGUACUAAAAGGGCGUAGCUAAACUCACCGCAGAAGGUUGAUUGGUUGAUUAUAAUCGCUACUUUUCCCUGAUUCAAGGGGAUAAAGCUUCACUUUCACUCAUUCUGCUCUACUGUGAGUGUUGUUGUUUUUUUUACAUCAGAGUCCGCAAACACAAAAAAAAUUAUUUCAUAUUUUCACACAGACAAUAGCCGUUCCUCAGUAUGCAUCAAUAAACCUGCAUCAUUUUCAAAAUAUUUCUGUUAUUGUGUCAUGAAAUGAAGUUUUAAGAGUUUUUCAGGAGAUAAUGUAAUUGUUUAAAAUGCAAAUCUGCGGUUUAUUUAUAAAGAUUUCGGAGCUCCAGACGAUCACAGGGCGCUAAGUGCUCCUAUAUCUGCCUAAAGCAGCUUUAGCUCGGCUACUCCUUCUGACAUUUGCCGCUGGCUAAUGUCUCUGUAGUGAUUAAACAUGAGAUACAAUUUGUUUUGGGUUGGUUAUAUUUAACAGGCAUUCGAGUAGCGUCCUUCCACUUAAAGAGUUGAUACAAUGGCGUUGGUAUUGGUUGCUAAAAAAGGUACUACUUCGCCUAUAUGGCAUUUUUUUGGAUUUAGACCUGAUGAGAGAGGGCAGCCAAGGGACCUGACUGAAGCUGUGUGCAAGAUCUGCUCAUGUGUCAUCCGCGCAAAAGAUGGGCAGACGACCAAUCUUCAUGACCACUUGCGUGUUCGCCAUCCAGCAGAAUAUGCCACUUUGCCUGCACGUGCUGGACCUAGCAAAAAAGCUAGCCAGGGUCAGCAGACGAUAACUGGGGCUUUUGCAAAAGGCACUAAAUAUAAAACCGACAGUGACAGAUGGAGGCAGUUGACAGAUGCGGUAACUCGCUUCCUGGCCAAAGAAAUGGUUUCGUUCAAUACAGUAGAGAAGCCGUCCUUCAAGGCCAUGCUGCAUACCUUUGAUAAACAGUAUGAGCUGCCAGGUCGGAAAUAUUUCUCAAAGACGGCUAUCCCAAACCUUUUCAACGAGGUUAGAAGUAACAUCAUGAAAGAGCUGGGUGAUGUAGAAUAUUUGGCCCUGACAACGGACAUGUGGUCCAGCUGUAAUAUGAUGCCCUACAUGUCAGUGACAGCGCAUUAUAUAAAUAAAGAGUGGACACUGCAGUCCAAAUGCUUACAAACUUGUUUCAUGCCCGAGAGCCAUACAGCAGAUAAUUUGGAAGAAGCACUGCGCGAGGCAAUAAAUGACUGGAAACUACAAGAGAAACAAAUUGCCUGUAUAACUACCGACAAUGGGGCGAAUAUUGUUGCAGCCAUCCGGCAGUUGAAAUGGCCAUGGUUAAGUUGCUUUGGGCACAACUUGAACCUGGCCAUAAACAACUCGCUUGCGCAACAGAGGGCCAGCACAGACCGAGCUUUCGGGGUUUGCCGGGCAGUCAACACUGCGUUUUCGCACAGCUGGCUAAGGCGACGUGAACUGCAGAAAGCACAAGUGGAAAUGAAACUCCCUGAGCACUCACUGAUCACGGACUGUGCAACACGAUGGGGCUCAAAACAGCAAAUGGUGGAGAGAAUUCUGGAGCAGGAGCAAGCCAUCAAACGUGUGUUUGCCCAAGACAAAAGCCGCCGCCCACUCCCCCAGCUGACAUGGCAAGACAUGACUGUUCUGGAAUCUGUGAACAACGCGCUGAAGCCAGUAGCGGACUUCACGGACAUUCUCUCUGGAGAAAAUUACGUAACGGUGUCCUCACUGCUGCCCAUGUUGGCCCAUUUAGAAGGUGUGCUGGAGGAGUCAGUUGAUGAUUCCAGCCAACUGACAGCCGACCUGAAGCGUGUCAUCCUGGAGCAGAUGGAAGGCAGAUAUGGUGAUGACACCAUCCAGAGGAUGAUGCGUAAAGCAACGCUGCUUGACCCAAGGUACCGAGGGGACCAUAUGAAACCUCCAGAACUUCAUUCUACAAAAUCUGAAAUAAUGGAAGAGACUGUGAGAGAGAUUGAUCUGUCGCUGCCAAGGCCAACACCAGGUCCCUCACAUGCUGGAGAAGAUGUAGAGGAACCAGAUGCCGGCGUCGCCACCGUGCCUAAGAAAAAAAAGUGGUCUUUAGGCAGCCUUCUUGCGAAGAGAGCAGCCACAGCAGCUGCAGCCAAGCUCACUGAUGAGCAAAAGGUCGAGUCAGAAAUGACCAUUUACCUGCAGGAAAUGGCCAUCGAUGGGGAAGAGGACCCACUGACUUGGUGGAAAACGAACGAAAAAAGGUUUCCGUUCAUGGCCAGAUUAGCACGGAAAUAUCUGUGCAUAUGUGCUACCAGUACUCCUUCAGAGCGGGUCUUCAGCACAGCGGGGAGUGUAGUUACUCCAAUUCGCAGCUUAUUGAAACCAGACAAAGUGAACAUGUUGGUAUUUCUGGCCAGAAACAUCGAAAUUUAAACAUGGUAUAUGUAUGUAAAUCCCGCGUUUCGGUCUGAUUGUCGUUCCCGUUUUCUUGUUCUUUGUUGUUCUUCUGUGUUUUAAUAAAUUUGUGUUAUCUGAA